GCUUUGAUUAUAUUCCACAAAUCUGUGGCCUUGUAUUUCAAUCCUUAUAUCAACAGAGCGGAAAUGGCUCAGACAUUCGCCAGAAGUUGGUCUGUCAUCGGAAGGACAUCUAUCCUGUACACAGAUUCAUUCAUAUUUAUCAGCGGCUUCCUUGCAUCUCAUGGCCUCUUCAGAGAACUCCGCAGAGACAAGAAGAUUAAUGUUUGGGGAAACUUCCUGUCCCGAUAUUUGAGGUUCACACCUAGCCUUGCUGCCGUAAUCCUGUUUUGCACGUACAUUAUGGACCAUCUGGGAUCUGGGCCCCAGUGGAACCUUGUUGUGAAACGUCAUUCUGAUAUUUGCCAAACCAACAUGUGGAGGAACUUCCUUUUCAUACAUAAUUACUUCGGUUUUGAGGAAAUGUGCCUCACCCACACACAUCAGCUGGCGGUAGACAUGCAGCUGUACCUCGUGGCCCCCUUCUUCGUCUACUUGCUGUGGAGUAGACGCUGGCUUGGACUGGGGAGCCUCAUACUCCUCGGCGCCUACUCGACCCACCUGCGCUACACUGUCGCAUACAACAGGAAGCUCAGCACCGUCGUGUACUUCGGCACAACAGUGUCCCAGUUGUACGAAACGGGAAAUUUCUCAUACACGCUGCCUGCUCACCGCGCUACUGUGUACCUGAUUGGAGUUGCCGCACGGUUCGUGAUCCGUGAAACAAAACCCAGUCUUUCUCUGAGUAAGGUUCAACUUCUUAUCGGCUGGAGUGUAGCUGUUGCAGUGGGAGCGCUAGCUAUGUGUGGACCACACCACAUGUCUUCUCCCAGUUACGAGUACAGCCCACAGGAAGCAGCACUGUACAACGCCCUGUCGCCAAUUCUGUGGGGAGCGUUCCUAGGCUGGAUCACCUUCGCAGACUCAAUUGGACAUGCAGGUAUCAUAGGCCGGAUAUUGUCAUGGAAGGGAUUCACUAUCUUCAGUCGCAUAUGCUACGCCGUGUACCUCACACAGUUCCCUGUCUUCUUCUACAAUGUUGGCACUCGAAGAUCUGCAGACUAUUACAGCCCGCAUUUACUGUUUGAAUUUGGAGAAGUUGUGGCCAUAAUCCUGCUGUCCGUUAUAUUAACACUUCUGGUUGAUCUGCCAUUCCAGGAAGUGAAGACAAUUUUAUGGAAUAGAGAUUGAAGGACCUCUAAAGAAAAAGACGAAUCUUGAAUACGAGCUACUGACGUCAAUAAAUUACUGAAUAUCGAAGUAUAUGAAUAACAUUUAUGUGGGUUUUGGAUUCAUGUUUGAGUUGAUGGAGUAUGAUAUUCGGCAGUUUGAAGAUUCAUCGUAUGAGGGCACCACGACCUCUGCAGUUCCGCCCUGCCAUCUACAUGGUAACGACUUGAAGCUGCACAAAAAUUUAAUCUUGUCCAUUAGAUGUCGGGUAUUAUUUACAUUUCAUUAUCAGUCACUGUACGGCCAGUAUAUGUUAACUUUUGGCCCUGGAUUGUAAUAUUCUCUCUCUCUGUCUCUUGCGCGCGCAAUUCGUUGAAGUAAUCCUGGCUAAAUACUUGUUCCUACUUCUUCAGACGCUUGACCGUUCACUUCUAUGAACAAGGAAAUCGCUCACAUAUUUCUCCUCCUACUAACGACGCCCCACUCCCUACUCCUUUCCUUGUGGACAACGAGAACUGUAUAUGUUCCAUAUUAUGACACUAGAUGUCAUACUAAUCUCUAUACUGGUAGCUGAUUGGUACCGCCGCGAGGGGGUUGUGGAAAAAUAGGACGCGUUCUAUGUAGGAAGAGUGAGAAUGUGACAUAUUUAUACUUCAUUUAGUUUAUUAUUUAAGAAAAUCAGAAGUGUAGUUUACACUGUCGAGUUUCUGGGAUGUAAAUACUUUUAUUCCACAACUGACGUGAAAUAUGAACACGCAAAAUCAGCUUGAAAGUAAGUGAAAAUAGAACGGAUUUGUUGUAACUGCAGUUGUACAUUAUUUGCUCGUUCUGAGGUUCGCAUAUGUUUUAACUCCUUACACCUUUGCUGAUUUCUUUAAUCUGUGAGCCAUUUCGUAAUGGAUAAGUGUAGGAAGUUGUGAUCAGUUAGUUACGGUUAAACAAAAGAAAAUAAGCUAGGAAGAAUGUUUAUUUGUGAAUGGAAUUGUGCCAAAAGUGUUCACGCAGAAGAA